AUGGCCGCAAAGACGUACUCUCGCGACGAGGUCGCCAAGAACAACAACGACGAGUCCCUCUGGUGCAUCAUCGACUCAAAGGUCUACGACCUCACAGACUUCCUCGAUGCCCACCCCGGUGGCGAGGCCGUCCUCCGCCAGGUCGCAGGCCAAGAUGCCACCAGCCAGUUCUACAACCUCCACCGCCAGGAGGUCCUCACAAAGUACGACAAGACCCUCGUGAUCGGCACCGUCGCCGGCGAGAAGCCUCAGAUCGUCGUCCAGCAACCCGGCGAGCUGUCCCAGGUCCCCUACGCCGAGCCCCUCUGGCUCACCCCGCAGUUCAAGUCUCCCUACUUCAACGACUCCCACCGAGCCCUCCAGCGCGCCAUGCGCGAGUUUACCGACAAAUACGUCACCCCCGAGGCCCUCGAGCACGAGGAGAGCGGCGAGUACAUCUCCCAGGAACUCAUCGACCGCAUGUCCAAGGCCGGCGUGCUGCACAUGCGCCUGGGCCCCGGCAAGCACCUGCACGGCGUCGAGCUCCUGGGCGGCGCCGUCAAGGGCGACAAGUUCGACUACUUCCACGACAUGAUUGUCAACCAAGAGCUCUCCCGCCCCAACUGCCGCGGGUUCCAGGACGGCAACAUGGCCGGCAUGACCAUCGGCCUGCCCGUCGUCCUGAACUUUGCCAACUCGGAGGCGCUCAAGAAGAAGGUGUCCGACGAGGUCUUCAGCGGGAAGAAGAAAAUUUGCCUGGCCAUUACCGAGGCGUUCGCGGGCAGUGAUGUCGCCGGGUUGAUGACAACCGCGGAGAAGACCCCUGAUGGCAAGCACUAUAUCGUCAAAGGCCAAAAGAAGUGGAUUACCAACGGUGUUUGGUGUGACUACUUCGUCACCGGCGUCAAGACGGACAAGGGCCUCAGCGUGCUCCUGAUCGAGCGCGGCGAGGGCGUCUCGACCAAGCCUAUCAAGACCUCCUACUCCCCGGCAGCGGGAACGACAUACAUCACCUUCGACGACGUCAAGGUCCCCGUGGAGAACCUUCUGGGCCAGGAGAAUAAGGGCAUCCACGUUAUCCUGAGCAACUUCAACCACGAGAGAUGGGUCAUGGCGUGCGCCACGAUCCGCCAAUGCAGAACCGUCGUCGAAGAGUCCCUGAAAUGGGCACACCAGCGCCUGGUCUUCGGCAAGCGCCUCAUCGACCAGCCCGUCAUCCGCCAAAAACUCGCGAAGAUGAUCGCCCUCACCGAGGCCAACCAGUCCUGGCUCGAGACCAUCACCUACCAGAUGUGCAACAUGCCCUACAAGGAACAGGCCAAGCACCUCGGCGGGCCCAUCGGCCUGCUCAAGAUGAGCGCCACCCGCGCCGCCCACGAGAUCGCCGACGAGUCCGUCCAGAUCUGGGGCGGCCGCGGCCUCACCCGCACCGGCAUGGGCCGCGUCGUCGAGAUGUUCAACCGCACCUACAAGUUCGACGCCAUCCUCGGCGGCGCCGAGGAGGUCCUCGGCGACCUCGGCGUCAGGCAGGCCAUGCGCUUCAUGCCCAGGUCGAGGCUGUAA